GUGCUGUGGUACUACAAAUUUCAUGUUUUUCUGAAGCUGAAAGAAUAUAUAUGCUAGUUAAAGAUACUGUUGUCAAUGACAAGCCUCUGAAUGCUGUGGUGAUUCCUGAAGUUAUGGCUUCCAAGAUACCACAGAAUUUCUGCCCACUUCUUGUAUUUGUGAAUCCUAAAAGUGGUGGUCUCAAAGGUCGGGAUCUGCUGUACAGUUUUAGAAAGCUGCUAAACCCACAUCAGGUCUUUGAACUUACCAAUGGUGGCCCACUGCCUGGGUUUCACAUGUUCUCCAAAGUUCCCUCCUUCCGAGUGCUGGUGUGCGGGGGCGAUGGCACUGUUGGCUGGGUCCUUGGUGCGCUGGAGGAGAUCAGGCACAAGCUGGUGUGCUCAGAGCCCUCAGUUGCCAUCUUACCUUUAGGAACAGGUAAUGACUUAGGGAGGGUGUUGCGCUGGGGAGCUGGCUACAGUGGAGAGGACCCAUACUCCGUUUUGGUUUCUGUGGAUGAGGCAGAUGAUGUUCUUAUGGAUCGCUGGACUAUCCUUUUGGAUGCAGAAGAGCCAGCUGAAGGUGCAGAGAAUGGCAUUGCAGAACCUGAGCCUCCAAAGAUUGUACAGAUGAACAAUUACUGUGGUCUUGGCAUUGACGCAGAGUUGAGCUUGGACUUUCAUCAUGCUAGAGAAGAAGAACCAGGGAAAUUUAAUAGCAGGUUUCACAACAAAGGAGUUUACGUGAAAGUUGGGCUGCAGAAGAUUAGCCAUACUAGAAACCUUCACAAAGACAUAAAGCUGCAAGUGGACCAGCAUGAGGUGGAGUUACCAAGUAUAGAAGGACUCAUUUUUAUUAAUAUACCCAGCUGGGGCUCUGGAGCUGACCUCUGGGGCUCUGAGAGUGACAACCGCUUUGAGAAACCACGCAUUGACGAUGGCCUGCUGGAAGUUGUAGGUGUGACUGGCGUCGUUCACAUGGGUCAAGUCCAAGGCGGUUUUCGAUCAGGAAUCCGAAUAGCCCAAGGCUCUUAUUUUCGUGUAACACUCCUAAAGCCAAUUCCAGUUCAAGUUGAUGGAGAGCCCUGGAUUCAGGCCCCUGGCCAGAUUAUAAUUUCUGCUGCAGGACCAAAGGUCCAUAUGUUGAAAAAAUCCAAGCAGAAACAGAAAAAAACUGGAAGCCUGAGAGAGAUGAAAGUGGAUAGCAUGUCAGUCUCUGAAGGAGGACGCUAAGUGCAGACCUGUGUUCAGAAGCGAUCCAGCACACUUACUGUAGAUACCAAGCUGGUUUAGUAAAACCAAGUGCGGACAACUAGUGAAGAGGGUUGUUGAUGAGUGUGCCUUUCAUUGCAUUUUGAUAGUACUGGAUUCUACUUUGUCCUUC